AUGAUGCGAUCCUCAACACUCCUAUCACUCGUUGCUCUUGCUGCUCCGACACAAGGCAUCAAACUCCUUGGAACAGAGUUCACUGUCUUGAUAUCUUCAAGGCCGGCGCUUAUCUUGUUCACAGCGGACGGUUGCAAGGAAUGUGACAGAGUGCAAGGAGUCCUUGACAGGGUGUCUCCAACGCUUACCAAGACUGCUAUUGCUUCUGUCAAUUGCAAUGAGGAGCCGAUUGUGUGCGAUGACUCUGAGGUCUUCACUGUUCCCACAUUGAAGUUCACAACCGGCAACAAGGAGUUGAUUACCUACAAAGAAGCUUUAGACGCGUCAUCCAAGCGGGAUGAUCGGGCUGAGAUUGUCAAGUCACUGGCUUCGCUUGCAAAGAAGUACAAAGAUCAACUCACGUUCGUGACGGUGUUUGCGCCAGAUUACCCCAAAAGAUGUGAGCAAAUGCAUAUUAGCAAGGACAUCAAGCGUGGGUUCUCCAUUGCAAAUCAACAGGGGAGAGCAUAUCCUAUGUCUGAAAAGGUGUUCAACGCCAACAGGGUCGCUAAACAUGUUGCUGCUUACCUGGCUGGUUCAUUGGUGCCUACCAUCAAGUCAGAACCAGUGCCUGGAGCCUCGACAACGCACCAAUUCUUGACAACGCUAGUUGGCAGUACCUUCGACGACCUAGCUUAUGACAAGUCCAAAGAUGUCUUAGUUGAGUUCUACGUGCCGUGGUGUCAAUACUGUACUGAGUAA